AUGGCCGACGCAGAAAAGCACCCAAUCAUCGCGGAGAAGAUCUUUGAUCUCUUUGAUCUCUUUGAUUCAGCAUUUUCUCUCCUGGCCACGCCAGGAUUCGAAGAAUGUGGGCUUCCACAAAGCUGGUUCGACUUCGCCGAAACAUACCCCAAGGUCGCGACGACUGUGAAAGCUGGCGCAAAGGCUUUCGCAAUUCCUGGAAACAAGACGAUAGAAGAGGAGUUUGAGAAGGGACUACCAAGUUUUUACAUCUUGAACCCAAUCUACCAGAGCGGGGUGUCGGCUCAAUCCCCCGGAGGAGGAAGGAGCCGGGGCCACGGGCCGGGCUACGGCGCGGCGGGUCUAAGCCCGGCAGAAUCUGCGCCCGAAGGUGGCCAGCGAGUUCAUUAUCGCCUGAGGCGACGGCUGCGAGGAUCUUUAAUCGUAGAGACAUCUCUGCGGGCGUGGGCGUGGGCGUUGGGGGGCGGGGGCAAGGAGAACCCAAGUAUCAGUUUUCAGCCCUCUCGCAGUGAUAAGAAAGACCAAUCAAGGAUUGCCAGUAUCACUGAGCUUACUUUUGUUCUCAUAUCGACUCUCGAAGAAAACAGAAGCAAGUUAUACAGUUUCAGUCGUGAUUUAUAG